CACGCUCCGCCCUGGCAACGGGGGCGGGGCCGGCGGGGGAUCCGGGGCGGGAUCGAGGGGACACCGGGGGGAAUCGGGGGAGUUCGGGGGGAUCAGGGGGACCAGGCGGAUCGAGGGGGUCCCGCUGUGCCCAGCACAGCCCCGUCCACCCCUGCGCCCACCUCCGCGCCCCGGGCUGCCCCUGCGGCUGGAGUUUCCCGGCUCCGCUCCCGCACCCUCGGGAUUCCCGCGGCACACCUGGUCCCCUGUGCCCCCCCGGUCUCCCCGGUACCCCCUGCGCCCUCCCCUGUCACCCUCCUGCCUCCCGCUCAUCCCGGUGUCCCCGCCCAUCCCGGUGUCCCCGCCCCGGUGUCCCCGCCCCCGCCGCGGCGGACAGGACCGUGCGGGCUGCGGGCUGGCACCGGGCCCGCCCCGCCCAGCACCGGCACCAGCACCGGCUCCGGCUCCGGACCCGGCCCAUGGCGGCUCCGGCAGCGGCCGCCACCGCAGGCAGCCGGUGAGCCCAGGCCGGAGGGGGUGGUGUGGCCGGUGGCACUGCCGGUGGCGCAGCGGGACCAUGCAGGCAGAGGCCAGAGGGGAAUUCCGCGGCCGGGACCAGCGCACUGGUGCUGGUGUGGCAGAGCUCGGCAAGGAGCCGCUGGCCCUGGAGCGCCCAGCGGGGACCCCCACCCACGGGCCAGCCCAGGAGACCCCUCGAGUCCCCCCAGAAGAGCAGGGUGGCAUCCCUAUCCCCAGCGCUGGCCUGCUGCAGGUCACUGAGCGUCGACAGCCCCUGAGCAGCGUGUCCUCGCUGGAGGUGCACUUCGACCUGCUGGACCUGACGGAGCUGACGGACAUGUCGGACCAGGAGCUAGCCGAGGUCUUCGCCGACUCCGACGAGGAGAACGCGGCCGGAGAGACUCCUGGCGGGCUGCAGCCGCCGCCGGUGCCGCGGGCCGGGUACCUGCGCUCGCCCUCCUGGACCCGCGCGCGGGAGCAGGGCCGCGACAAGAAGCACCUGAGUGAGCCCGAGCUGCCGUCGGGACCCCCGGGACCCCCGGACGCCUUCCUGCCCGCCGAGCGCCCGCGGGAACCGUAGGGACAGGACCUGCUGGAGGACACCGGGACACGCCGGUGCUGCUCCCGUCGGUACCGAUGGAGCCCGUCCCCGGGCGCAGGACUCCCGUUAGCCCGCCCGGAGGGCAGAGGCGGCCACAGCCCCGCGGGGGGAGGCACUGGGACCGCCCACAGCCGGUCACCCGCGGCCUCGGGGGGGAACCCAUUCGGCCCCGCCG